CAGGCAGCGAGGUUUGAAUAAGGGAAGUUUGACAGAGAGCUGAGAUCUGCGUUGUGGCUUCACUACACUUCACUCCUCCGCUCUCCAAUGUGACUGAUCUGCGUUCAGCCACAGGGUCUCUUACAAGAUCCCCUCUAACUCCCAGGAACACGCUGUUUCUCUCUCUCUCUCUCUCUCACUCUCUCUCUCUCUGUUGUUGUUGUUGUUGCACGCGCACGGGAUUUGUGAUGGAUGUUCUACCGAUGUGCAGCAUUUUCCAGGAGCUGCAGAUCGUCCAUGACACCGGCUAUUUCUCAGCGUUGCCGUCGCUGGAAGAAUACUGGCAACAGACAUGUCUGGAGCUGGAGCGCUACCUGCAGAGCGAGCCGUACGUCUCUGCAUCCGAUCUCAAGUUCGACCCUCAGGAGGACCUGUGGAGCAAACUGAUCUUGGCAUGUGGCGAAGGCGACAAGGGAGAAAUGGACUCAAACUCGAACGCUGAUCUCGCUCACGUCAAAGAGGAGGACGCUCAGGACGGCCCGAUGUCGGAGACACGCAGCGUGAACUCGGACGCCAGCAGCGAGGUGUCGGACAGCUCAGAGGAGCUCUCGCCAACGCACAUCUUCGGCUCGAACCCUCUCGGGCCGGGACACUUGGCCUCGUCUAUCAUCGCCACGCCGCCGUCAUCUCCGGAAGCGCAGCAGGAGCCUGGUAUCCCUCAGCUCUGGGGAUCCAUAAACACUGAACUGCAUGUAGCCGGUAAGGCCAGGCACGGCGGAACGGCCAAGGGGUCGGAUAAACUGGCGCUGCCCGGAGGUGACGCGUCUCCUGAUGGCAGGAGGAGGGUGCACAGGUGUCACUUCAACGGCUGCCGCAAAGUUUACACGAAGAGUUCACACUUAAAAGCACAUCAACGGACUCACACAGGUGAGAAGCCGUACAGGUGUUCGUGGGAAGGCUGUGAGUGGCGUUUUGCACGCAGCGAUGAGCUAACCCGGCACUUCAGGAAGCACACUGGUGCAAAGCCAUUUAAAUGCAGUCACUGUGACAGGUGUUUCUCCAGGUCAGACCACCUGGCCCUGCACAUGAAGAGGCACCUCUGAGCAGGUCGUGGCAAGUGUGGAUUUGCUCUCGUUGUAUCGUGACCAGCCUUUUGGUCGCCCUGCCCCUCGUCGGGGGGGGAGGAGUGUGUGUCCAGCCAAAGCAUGCCAUUUUGCACCGUACCCUGUGCCUCCGGGAAUCUCGGGGAGAAAGGUCUACUGAGCGGUUGUGGAAAAAAAAUACACAAAAAAAAAAAAAAUCACAAAAAAAUUUAAAAAGACAAAAAGAAAACGGAGCCGGAAGAAUUCGCGUGCGAAGAAGAAGAAAAGCGGCGAAUGAAGGACUUAAGGACAAAAUGACACAAAAAAAAGCGAUCAAAAAAAAAAAGAAUGAAUGAAUGAUGGUGUGUGUCAUAUGGUGCAUGUUGUUUUGGGACAGUUCCUGGACAACCAAUACACUGGUACUUAUUAAACGGAGAAAAAAAAAGCCUGUCUGUGGUGAGCGUGAGCUCGCAGAGUGUGAGGAUGUGUAUAGUGCGUGAGUCGGGGUAGAAAGUGGGUACCAGUGUGUUGCUGCAGACUGAAUGGUGUGGGAGAUUUUUUUUUUUUUUUUUUUUUUUUUUCUUGCAAGCCUGUGACAGGGAGGGGGAGAGAAAAGCGUGUCUGCUCAGUGUCAGCGUGGAAGCCGGGACUCGCCACAUUUCCCCCAGGCUCUGUGCUCUCAAAGGGAUGACGGGACUUUGGUUACAUCUAAACGCACCCCUUAUAAACCACCAACCCAGCCCUCUCUGCUAUCCGUGCUAACCCCAUACCACCACCCUCUUCCUCCUCCUCUUCCUCGCCUGCACUCGGAGGCUCUACAGACACAGAUAGAGUCCCUUCAUGAAUGAAAGUGGCUUUCUUUGGUGUUUGGUGCAGCUACUAAAUGUGCAAUGUGUUCGGUAGCUUGUUUCUUCGACAGGCUACAAAAAAGCUCUUUCGUUGUCCAUUGUAUAAGCUGUGUGCUUAGAGAUAAAACACAAAACUAUAACUUCACUAUCAUAGACAGGUGUUGCAUGGUAUUAGGGUUUGUACUCUUCUUUUUAGUUUCUCCUGUUCUUUGUUAUCAGGACUGCUAAUAGAUUCCAAUAAAGUGCAGCUAAAUGAGAAUGGUUAAAUGUUACAAUAUAUUGUACAUAAAUGGGUUGAUGAUUCUUCUCUUAAAUCCUGUCUUUUUUUUUUUUGGUGAGGAAAACCACUAUUGCUUAGCAUUUUAUUUUAUUCUAUUCACAAGUCUUCUUUCAUCUCCAAAUCAUUGAGGACUCCUGUUCUCUCUCUCUGUCUCUCUCUCUCUCUCUCUCUCUCUCUCUCUCUCUCUCGCUCUCCUUCGACAUUUCUCUAUCUCUCUUUCCCUUCAUCUUUCCCUGUUAUUAAUGCACUGUUGACCUUAAUGGUGCCUUAUGCAAGUGACCUUGUCCUGUGGAAUAGAUUGGUCUUGGGGGUCACGCUUGUCUUGUAUGAGUGAAUAUAGCUUUAUUAAGGCUCCAUUUCCUAUGAAAACGCACCUUUCUUUUUCAAAAGUGGCCGCUCUAUCUAUCCGUCUAUCUAUCCGUUUGUCUAUCUAUCUAUCCCUUGGAGAAACCCACCGAUUUACUCUUUAACGUCGGCAGAUACGUACGUAGGAAAAAAAAAUGCAAAAAACGUAGCAAUGCACUUAUGGACAACAAUGAAUCAUAUAAUAAUUAUUAUUUUUUUUUACUGAACAAAUUACGUAUUUAAACAAAAAAGACACGAUUUAAAAAACAUUGGUAACUGCAGAAAUGCUGCUUCUUUGCGCAACAAAGCUCGAGGGGAAAUGGGAAAAUUACACAGCUGCCUUGCCAUCGUUUGACACCGCAGUUCAGAAGCCUGGACUCGUCUCCCCUGCAACCAAGAUGGAAAGAGAGAGAGAGAGAGAGAGAGAGAGAGGAAAAAAAGUAAUGAUUUAUUGUAAUUAACAAGCUCUAGCAGGACAGGCCUCGCCUUGUAGCGCAUCGGUGUAAUGAAUUACUAAAGGCUUUGCUGGCACACAUUCUGCCACAGACUGCUGACUCCGACAGUUCGCUAUUGACCUGUCUGGACGCCGUUGUUUUAGCCUGGCAACAGUAUUAUGGAAACAGAGACUGGGCAUCCAGAAAGAUCAAGAUGAAUCGCUUCUUUUCAUGCUGUACAAUGUAAAUUUACAGACGUUGAAUUGAAGCCUUUUUCGUUUUAUCAGACAGCUCCGCUGGCUGUCUGGAUGUCCUGUAAGCAGUUUUUAUUUAUUUAUUCUUUCUUCCCGUGAGAUUAAAAAUCUCUACCAAGGAUUUACAAUCAAUUACAAUCUCGUAUACCUGAAUAUCGUGCAUGCCGUGCAUUCCUGUAAUGUGAAAAAAAAAAAACAAGUCUGACAAAGCUCAAUAGACAGUAAUACUGUGUAUAUAUCAGGGACUUACUGGAAUUGAGCAGCAGAGGCACAUGAAUUUUAGAUCAGAUCACCGCAGGAGGAUCAGCAUGAAGAAGCUCGGCUAUAAAAUCCAAUCAGAAAGGCUUUAGCAGGCAAAAAGAACAGUACAUCCUCUUUUGGAAAGAGUGGCCAGCAGCAUUCAUGCGGUAAUCGAGCCUUAAUCAAGCCUCCCAUUUUUUGCUUGUAACUAUAACCAACGCUUUCUAUCACACUUUUUUCCUCUCACAACCUUCUCCUGUUGUCUAUUUCUUGAAUAUUUGUACAAAGUUGAAAAGAGAUAAAAGUUACAAAUGAGCUACAACAAAAAAAAAAAACAAAAAAACAUUUUCUAAGAUUUUUAUUUGUUCCUUCUUUAUAUAAAUUUUAUUUGAAAUUGUUUUGCAAAAUUGUUCUAUUUCUGUAUGAAUGUAUUUUUUAUUGGAAUAAUAAGAAAUUCUUAUCAGACA